CUUUCGCAGCCCGGUUGAUUAGACUUUACAACCAUCAAUCUUGUUGCGCACGAGACGAGCCAAGAGAGACGAAACACUUGGGGUUGGGGGCGACGAAGAGACGGAUCCGAUGGGCGAGACCAAGGUGUACACCGUGAGGUUCGAGGGCGACGCGAUCACCACCACCGUGACAUCCUCCUGCGAGGCCGUGGAGGACUGGCUCGACGAGGUCCGCUCCGUCCACCGCCGCCGCCUGCACAAGCUCGUCGUCGGGCUGGACGUGGAGUGGAGGCCCCUCUUCGGCCCCGGGUACAGCCCCACCGCGCUCCUCCAGCUCUGCGUCGGCCGCCGCUGCCUCAUCUUCCAGCUCCUCCACGCCGACUACAUCCCCGAGGCGCUGGCCGAGUUCCUCGCCGACCCCGACUUCAGAUUCGUCGGCGUGGGCGUGGAGGCGGACGCGGAGCGGCUCAGCAACGACUACAACAUGCAGGUGACCAACACGGUGGACCUGGCCGAGCUCGCGGCGGAGGAGAUGGGCCGUCCGGACCUCCGCAACGCGGGGAUGAAGGCCAUCGCGAGCGCCGUCAUGGGCGCCAACGUCGACAAGCCGCAGUGGGUGAGGCUUGGCCCCUGGGACGCCUACGACCUCUCCCACGAACAGGUCGAGUACGCCUGCGUCGACGCCUUCGUCUCCUUCAAGGUCGGCCGUAUGCUGCUCACCGGCGACUACUGAUCGAGCGUCCGGCGGCCAGACCGCCGCGUGUCCCGGGAAAUUCCAGUGCUUUUGUUCCAGAUUGUCCUAUGUGCACUAGCUGCUACUCCGUAGUUCUCUCCUAAUCACCGUUAGGUUUAAAGGGUAAGGUUUUAGGGGUUUCCGGGAUGGAUCGGAAGAAUUAAUCAGACAGUCGUGGUGGAGACGGGGGGUUAAUCUUGGACCAUUGUGAUGUGUUCGUUCAUGGCUCCUUAUUUGCUUAGAGCAGGCUACUAAAGAUUUGAUGCUUUAAUCAGGUACAUUAGCAUCGCUAAGCAUGCGUGUGAUUAAUGA